UGACAGAUAUGGCUACUGUAAUAUUUCUUGUCCUUGACAAACAUAUGAAUUCAACAGAUAACUCGUCAAUUAAUUCAAAUAAGACACGGAAAUGUUGGUUUUAGACUCAAUUAUCGUUGAACCGAGGUACAGUGAGAAAGUAUCACCUUUAAAGCAGGAGACCAAUGUUUGGCGCAUACUGCCACGCAGUCCCAGUUUAACACCCAUGCAAAUUUGGUUGUAAACAACUUUUUAGGAAUGGAUGUGCAUGGUAUAACUGAACCGAAAGACUUAUGUGGAUGAUUUUAAAGGACAUUUUUGAACAUGGAUUGUCCAGCGAUGUUGUAAUUUAGAGGUCCAGUUGCACGAUGUUUUUCAUAACUUGAAAACUCAGCUGUCAGGUUGACGAAAUGAUGGAACAUUUCGAUUCAGAGGAUGACAAUAUCAGUCGUGCCAGCUCUAACAGAUGGUCUGUUAUGGCAUUUGAGCUGCCAGGCUCGGAUAUACUAAAAACAGGAUAUCUGAAGAAAUUAAAGACAAAGAAGGAUAAGUUUUUUGUGUUGCGCUCCACCAGUAGCAGUGGCCCAGCAAGGCUGGAGUACCAUGACUCUGAGAAAAAAUUCAAAGCUGGACAACUGCCGAAGCGACAAAUAUAUCUCCACCACUGUUUUAAUAUCAACAAGAAGUCUGACACACGCCAAAAGAACUGCAUUGCUCUGUAUUUGGUGGAUGAGUGUUUUGCUGUAGUUGUAAAAGAUGCUGGAGAGAUGCAAAUUUGGUUGGAUCUGUUAUUGGAGCAUCAAUAUGAAUACCUGACAGACUAUCAACAGCCACAUCCCCACUACGAUUAUAUAUGGCAAGUGGAGAUCAAACCUAAGGGACUAGGAGUAAGCAAGCACCUGUGUGGAGGAUACCGCUUCUGUCUUCAGGACACAGUCUGUUUUGUCAGGAAUAAUUCUAAUAAAGUGGACUUUGAAAUCCAGAUGAUGAACAUAAGGAGGUGUGGCCAUAAAGAGGCGUUUUUCUUCAUGGAGCUGGGCCGCCAUUCUCCGACAGGGUCGGGAGAGCUGUGGAUGCAGGUCGAUGAUGCAUACAUAGCACAGAGCAUGCACGAAGUGCUACUGAGUGCAAUGAGAGAGCCUUUUAGGUCUCGCAGUAACACCAGUUCCUCGGGUCGUCUUCGGGAUGCUGAGAUGGAGACUCAUGAAAGUCGCAGCCGUGAGGGCAGUCAAGGUCAAGGGUCACUUAGGAAUAAGAAGAAAAAAAUACCUCGUCCUGGCAGUGCCCUGCCCCCUGAAGUUAACACCUUGCCCCAGAUCAGUACAAGUCCUGCCAGUUCCCAUAAGGCACCAUCAGAAUCCUUCCGUGAGCGUGGUUUGUCCAAUUCGAUGGAGCAACAGAAACCUCGUCAUGACAGUUUUACGUAUAAAAGUCCAGAAUUGUAUGGCUCUAGUCCAGGACCGGACUCAACCAUUGUCAAACACUUGGACGUGAGGAGUCCUAAUUCAGUGGAGAACCCCAAUUCCUAUCUUGUCAUGUCUCCCACCUCACGGUCCAUUUCACCAUUUAGAGACCACCCAAUGGAGAGAUCAGGGUCCUCUGCCUCGGACCAUGAACCGGUGCCCAGGAUGGAGGGAGGGUACAUGGACAUGAAGCCUGGUUCAAUGGGUAGUAACAAUCCUGAGCCUGGUUAUAUUGACAUGAGUAUAUCAAGUCCACACUCAGAGAAAGCUGCAUCCGCUCAGAUGAACAGUGGUUACAUCCCGAUGGGAGCAGGGCAUGCUGGGAGAAUAGCAGCCUCAGCACCGAUUCCCAUCAGACAGCCCAAGGAGCCAGGCUACAUGGAGAUGGGGCCCUCCAGUCAGCCUCUCCCUCAGAUCAAGGAGGGAGGAAGUGGAGAAGCAUAUUUACCUAUGACGCCAACAGCAAACAGUCCAGUACCUGGUUCUGACAAUCUCCGCCCUGCCAAAGUGGUCUGCUACCUCUCAGACGACUCAAUGUCUGGCGAUCUGCCGAAACGAUCUUUCUCCCUAGGAUCUAAACCCAGUACUACCAAAACAAUGAGGCACCAUACCAGUUAUGUUGAACCGAAGGCCAAGGAGGAAACAACAGACAGUGGUCGCUGGCAGAGUGCUCCUCACCUCAUUGCUCAGAAGAAAGCACAAGCCACCCACACUUAUAUGAAUACUGACUCUUCUUUGGGUUCAAGUCCACUGAGCCAGUCGCUUUUCUCAGAAGACUCCAUGAUGGAGAUGGAAUACCGACCCCGAGCCACAAGUGAAAGCUACAGGCCUCGAACAUCUAGUGUAGGUAAAAUCUUGUCACAAGCCCGUCAGCGUUCAUCAAGUUAUGGACAACAAUCAAAACUAGCCCAACUUGCUCAUGAUGUCAGGAGAAAAGUAGGAUCCUUUGAAUCGGUUCGUCAUUCAAGUAUUGAUAAACAAUUAUUUCAUCGCACUUCUAAUGACUCUAUUGAACGUAUGUCUUUCUCAUCAAAGGCUUCAUCCUCUGAAUCUCUGCGUAACUCUAGUAGAAACUCGGAAUAUGUGGACAUGCACUUGGAAAAAAGUAAUGAUACAGGAUAUAUCGAUAUGAGUAUUGGAACCCCCAAAAGUGCAAAGUCAAGUGCAUGUCAUUCUAGAAGUUCAUCAAACCAAAGCCUUAGUUCUUCACCUGCAGUUAUAAACAGUUUUGGAAUAAAACAGGAAUCACCCAGUAUAAAAGUAAUCAAAUCCAGUGAUGGAAAUGCUCAAAAAUCAUCAAGUUUAAAUGUGAGUUCUAGGUCCUCCAUUGCAAGCAGGAGUCCGUGUGGAUCAGGCAGAGAGUCUGAGGAUGAAAGCUACGUUCCUUAUGCUCCUGGGAUUUCAGGAGAAAAUCAGGUGCAGGAGACUAGAUCUGGAUCAUUAUCGGACAAAAAAACAAGUUCAAGGUCAAAUUCACUUUCUUAUGAAAAAAGACCUGGAUCUAGAUCUGGAUCAUUUGGCUCAGAGAAAAAUCCAGAUUCCAGAUCUAAUUCUUUUGGCACAUGUUCAAGGCCUAGUCCAAGAUCUGGAUCUUUCAAAGCAGAUCAGAAAUCUCACAAGGGCUCCCGAUUAGGAAGACACAGUCCCAAAGCAAGCAUAGUGUCCAGUGAGGCUCAUAAAAGUGUGGACAAGAAGGCUGGGAAACAAUCAGAUGAUAAUCAGUAUAUUGACUAUGAACCCGGUAGUGUAGAUGUAGGAAACCUGACGGAAAAUCCACAGACUGUUAGCAGAGUAGCAGAAAGCAAUGUGGUGCAUGAGUCCACCACAACUGUUCAAAAACCAAGUGCCCAACUUCCUCAGUACAGUAUGUCAGCUGACCCCUUGUUCUCAGCAAUGCUUUUAGUUAAAGAAAAUAAAGGUGGAGAAAGUGAGUCCAAUAAGAACACAGACACUAUUCCUCAAACAAAGAAGGAUAAUUCUGUUACCAAGCCUAAAAGCAAUUCAGAGAACUAUUCAUAUAUGGAGUAUGCACCAGAUACAACUAUUACAGUGGACAAUUCUCUGAAAAGUCCAACAGUUGUCAGAUCUUAUUUUAAUACAGACUCAAGUUCAAAUGAGGAAAAGAAGAACAAACCAACAAAGGAUACAACUGAGAAACUAGAAACUGAGUGUUCUGCAAAACCACCAAACAAUGUUCCAGCAAGUUUAAAGUCUGAACCUGAUAGAAAACUGAUUAAAGAGAGCAAAAGAGAGAGUGCAGUAAUCAAACAGGUGCUCCCAAUGAAAGCAGUGCUACUGGACAACACUGAGGAUGAUGAUGGGUAUGUGGGGCUGGACUUUGGGGACAAUAAACGGAGCUCAAAUUUCUCUUACCCUCCGAGGUCUCCCAUCAGAGGAGAUCCUUCAGAGGGGACCUCAGUAGACGGUGAUUUGUAUACGAGACAGGACAGUAGACUGAGAGCCAGUCCACCGAAUGAGGGCCCAAAAUCGGAUCAAACAGUUACCACUGGACUAAAGAAAAAGCCAAGUGUGAGUUCCCUUCAGGAACAAGACAAUGUGUUCAGAGACAGUAAAAAAGAAAUUGAGAGAAGCUGUGAAUCUUUAAAUUUAAAAAGCCCUAUUCCACUUUCUGUGACCUCAAAUCAAGAGCUUCAUAAACAACUUAGUAUGCCCUGCAUGGCCAUGGAGUCGGAACAGAGUGGUGAUAAUGGGCAGGAGGGGGAUAUAAAUCGUCGUAGUUGUUCCGAUCUUGCCAGUGAGUAUGAGGAAAUGUCCCUCCCAACUGUGAGGUCUAAAUCUACCUCCAGUCAGCAGCUCCCAGAAGGACCCACACUGAACUAUGCUAAGCUGGACCUCGGAUCCAGUGAAGAAAUCCCAGCGGAACAGAAAUUUCGCCAGACUAGGCAUCCUUCCUCCCCAGAUGAUUGCGGUCCCCCUCUACAAGGGUAUGCAGAAAUUGACUUUGAAAUGUCUGAUAAUUUAAAAAAUGCACGGAGCAAAGAAAAAUUGCCUGUGAAGUUUUCUAUAGAAUAAAUUAAUUAGUACUUGCUUAAAAGCUUUAAAAGUAAAGGCUGGAAAGCAAGAGUUGUGCUUUAAACUGGCAUAAGGUAAAAUAUUCUGCCAGCCUAGUGUUGUAUUUGUAAUCGUUCUCAGUACAAGAAAAUAUCUGUUGGAAGUUUUUCUUCAUUAAUGAAUUUGCAGCUAUGUCUUACAGUCUAAAUUUAGACAGCUCUCUUAGAAAGCUCUGGUAUUUCUGUUUUCUAUUGAUUUGCACUUCUACCGGAUUGUGACCAUUAAGUGUCAGACAUAAAGUGUAUGAUGAACUGUCUUGGUACAACAGAUUGUAUUUCAUACAUCUCAUGUGAUAGAGGUUGUGUGCUUUCUGUGUAUGUAAUGCAAUAUUUGUACAAAAAAUGUUGUUAGAAAGGAAAAGUGCAUUUUAUCUCAAAUUUAUGUCUGCAUAAAGCAUUUGUAUGCUGCUCGAAAAUUGUAAUGCAAGAAGAUAUUUUUUGUGUGUGAGUGAUGUUGCUUAACUGCAAGUAAAAUUGACUGUAUGACAGCUUGACGGUAGAAGAAAUAUUGAAGUUGGGCUUUUUCUGAUGAUUUGCUGAUCAUUACUGUACGAGAUGACAGUUUUAUAGAGCAAAUUUUUACUUGAAGCUUUUAAUGUUUUAUGACAACUUUUGAGGAAUUUAUUAUUUUAUGUGACUUUGUUUUAGAGGCAGAUGCAUCUUACCUUAAUUACAGGCAUUAUACAAAGCUUGGUGGUUGUAAAUUUAUCAACACUUUUUAAGCAUUUUGUUAAGUUUUAUUUUGAAGGAUGUAGGAGUGUUCAUACAUUACACUUGCCUUAUUCAUUCAUACAAUAUGUAACAAGGAGACUUUUUAAUACAACAUCACAAUUAUAUAUUUAAAAAUACCUUUAAAAGGAAAUAACAUUUUUGAAGAUUGUUUUUGAUUACUAUUUCUUUAUUUUUUUUUUAAAUAUGAAUUAUGCAUGCAAGUCUGUUUGAGGGUUCUCAAUUUUCUUUGUUUUUAUGUCUCUUUCACAAGUAGUCUUCUUAUUGAGGACUUUAUAAUUGGCCAGUGUUUUAAUAUUUUCAGUCUGUUUAAAAGCUUAUUUCCAAGAUUUUUAUUUGCAACAUCUCUCUAUAUACAAGUAUACAAAUUUCAGCAUAAAUGCAGAUUAUGCACUCUGGUAUAAUUAUCUGUUGGUUUUAUCAUCAUUUAGAUAUAUCCAAUCAUUGAUUUAUAUUUAGGCAGUGAUCAUAUUUCACUGGGAAGUGCCAGAAUGUGACUCCUCAUUACCUAAAUUACAUACAGUUAACACCUAAUCUGUAUUUGAAGAAUUCGGGUUUAUUGGUCCUUUUUUUAAGAUUUGCCAAGCAAGGUUUGCUAUUUAGUUAUAAAUUUGAUUUCCUUUGGAAUUAAAAGCUUUAAUGCAAAUUUUACAUGAAUAAACAUCGAGAUGACGGUCAAUGAAUUGCAAGGCACCAGAGAAUUAUUUGGCAUGAAGUUUCCAGUUUAUAACGUAUUGCAUUUUCUGUGUGCUAGACAAAGUGGGAGUAGGUUUAAUUCAAUGAGCUCCAUUAAUUAAAGUAAUUAAAAUUGUUUUUAAGAGAAGGAGGUUAAGAGUGCCUUACAACAUUGUAAGUGCUUGUUGAUAAGGCGUGUACUAUAAAAACAUACCAGUAUUGUAUGUAGUCUUGAAUUCUCUGUAAGGAUAUUGCAUUUAACAUUAACCUGUAUUGUAGCACAAGGUUUUCAUCACUAACAAUUGCAAUAACAAAAAUGAUAGGAGUAUUUUAUAAAAAUUUAUGUUAUUAUCUUAAAAAAAAAUAUUGUUUUUUUAUACGCCCGUCUUAAGACGGGACGUAUUAUGUUAUAGGCUUCAUGUCCGUCCGUCCGUCCGUCUGUCCGUCUGUCCAUUCCUGUCCGGCUCAUAAUUUCAAUACUAUUAGGCCUAGGAUUAUCAAACUUUGUCAACUGAUACUUCUUGGGUAGACGGUGUGUCGUGCACCAAAAGUAGGUCGCUCUGACCUUUAAUAAAGAUGCUAUGGCCAAAUAUGGAAAAAUCCUGUCCGGCUCAUAACUAGAAAACUAUUAGACCUAGAGCUAUCAAACUUGGCAAAAGUAUACAUCUUAGGUAGACGGUGUGU